GUUCUGCCAAGUGUCUGGACAGUUUGUUGGCACAAUGAGGCAGACUUCUGAUCCACAGGAGCCUCUUUACUAUGCAGAGAGACACAGGAACUCCCAACACUGCAAGAAAUAGUCACACAUUUCCUCUCCAUCAGCCCUGAGCUCCAGCAGCAGUAGCCUCUCCUCCUCAGAGAUGGAGAGCUGGUAGAGUGCAGCAGCAGCAGCAGCAGCCGCUCUCCCCCUCCUCGCUCCUAGUGGAUGUUGGAUGUACGAUGAGGUCUCCGCGGCUCUGGGCAGCUCUUUGCCUCCUCCUCACCGCCUCUUGCCGGCUCUGCGCGGCCGCCCGACAUGGUUGUUUGUUUGAGAAGAAGCUGUGUCAAAGAGAUCAGCUGUGUAAUGAUGAUGGUUUGUUUGGACAGUGCCAGUUCCCCCACCAGGACCCCAUCCAGUACCAGGUGUCUGUUCCUGUCCUGCACAAGCUGCAGGAAGUCCUCAAAGACCUCAUGGUGCAAGGUCUGACCUGGAGGGACGACAUCACUCAGGCAAUCAUAGGCCGAGAACUGAGUCACAUUCCCACUGUCAGUUCCUCCUCCAAGUUUCAUGAGAGAUCCCCCAAACAGUUGUCCAAACAGUUGGGUCCCAGUCAGAGGAGAGUUCAGGUGCCUGAGGAUCCAGCUGACCCUGAGAUGAUGCAGCAGUAUGUGGACUACAUGAUCCUGGACCCGUCCCGAUCCUCCGUCCACAUGCAGACGCCCCUGCUGGAUCCUUACACCUACCACCAGCAGCAGUACGGCUUCCAGGAGGAGGAGGAGCGCUCCCUCAACUCUCUGGACGAUAAUCAAGCCUUCCCACUCCUUGCCUCCUCCUCUCGCUCCAGAUCCCGAGGAAACCCUUUGGACGCAGACCGGCAGCUCCUCCAGGACUUGGUGUCCUUUUACCUUACCUCCCCGUCCUCCUCCUCUUCUUCCUCUUCCUCCUCUUCCUCCUCUUCCUCCCCUGUGCAGUCCCUCUCUCGUCAAAGAGGGGCUUUAGCAGCAGCUGCAUCAGCAGGAUUUCCCUCUUCCCUGUCCUCCUCAUCAACUUCCUCCUCUUCUUCCUCUUUCUUCCCGGAGCUGGACUUCCCUUUGGACUAUGGCGAGGACUACAUUUCCCAGGUGGCUCAGCUUAGCAAGCAGCGGCAGCAGGAGCAGGCAGAGAAGAAGGCACAGGAGGAGUAUGAUACCCUGUCAGGACUGGAUGAGCGCUCUCUGCAGAGGCUGGCUCUGCUGCUCAAUCACUACGGACUGGACAUGAAGGAUUUGACGCCCGAGCAGAGAGACAAGCUGCCGGCUGCUCUGAAGCAGCUUCAGAUAGACAGCUCCUUCGGACACAAACAAACCAAAGAUAAAUAUGGAAACAUCCCUGACAAAGGAAAGAAGAUGACAGAGGGUUCAAUGGCGUACAAGACGGCCGCCCCUGAGGCUCCGCCCUCCCCUGCCAAGCCUCCCUUACAAGAGAAAGCCCCACAAGACUCUCCUCCUCCUCCUCCUCCUCCUCCUCCUGAAGCUGCAGCCGUCAAACAAGACAAACCAGCAGCCAAAGCAGACGAGUACGGAUACAUCGUAACCAAUCAGAGCCCCCUCAGUCUGAACGAUGGGGUGCGACUGUUGGAGCGUCUGUUGGUGAGAAGUGGCCUCUCUACCGCCUCUGCCAUCAACAUCAGUGUGGUCGGGCCCUCCAUCACCUUCAGGAUCAGACCGAACUCAAAGAACCUUUCAGCUGGAGAAGUGGCGGAGAAAGCCGUUGCUGAAAAGAACUUCCUGGAGUCUGAGACUGGCCUGAAGGUGCUGCAGGGCGGUGUAGAAGAGAGGAAUGAUGGGAAAUCGUUGCCCCUGGCGACCAGGGUCCAGCCUGGCUCCCGCUGGGUUUUCGCCACGCUCGUGGCCAUGGCUUGUAUUGGCAGCAUCCUAGUGGCGACCAUGACCAUCGCCUGCCUGCGUCACCACGCCCACCGGCUGGCUGCAAAGAAGCUGGGGCUGGGACCAGAAGGGGGCAGCUUCAGCCACCAGGAGUACCAGGACCUGUGUCGCCAGCACAUGGCCUCCAAAGGCGCCUUUGGACGCCUGGAAGCUGCUGCCCUCGGUGCCGUGGGAGGAGCAAGUGGAGGAGGUGCAGGUGGAGGAGGAGGUGCUGGUGGAGGGGGAGGAGCAGGAGCAGCAGGAGGAGGAGGGGGUGCAGACUCACGGGUCAGCAGUGUGUCGUCCCAGUUCAGCGAUGGAGCCCAGCCCAGCCCCAGCUCUCACAGCAGCACGCCGUCAUGGUGUGAGGAACCGGCGCAGGCCAACAUGGACAUCUCCACCGGUCACAUGAUACUGGCUUACAUGGAGGACCACCUGAGGAACAAGGACCGUCUGAUGAAGGAGUGGGAAGCUCUGUGCUCCUACCAGGCUGAGCCCAGCGCCGUCUCCGUGGCCCAGAGUGACGCCAACGCCAAGAAGAACCGCUGCCCUGAUUCUGUGCCCUAUGACCACUCGAGGGUGAAGCUGAAGCCGGAGAUUAAUCCUUCACGCUCCGACUACAUCAACGCUAGCACCAUAAUUGAGCAUGACCCCCGGAUGCCAGCCUACAUUGCCACCCAGGGCCCCCUGUCCCACACCAUCUCUGAUUUCUGGCAGAUGGUCUGGGAGAACGGCUGCACUGUAAUCGUGAUGAUGUCGGCUCUGGUGGAAGACGGAGAGAAACAGUGUGACCGCUACUGGCCUGAUGAGGGUUCCUCUCUCUACCACAUCUAUGAGGUGAACUUGGUGUCUGAACAUAUCUGGUGUAACGACUUCCUUGUGCGGAGCUUCUACCUGAAGAACGUGCAGACUCAGGAGACCCGGACGCUCACUCAGUUCCACUUCCUCAGCUGGCCAGCUCAGGGCAUCCCUACCUCCACACGCCCCCUGCUGGACUUCCGCAGGAAGGUGAAUAAGUGCUACAGAGGACGGUCCUGCCCCAUCAUUGUGCACUGCAGUGAUGGCACAGGCCGGACUGGGACUUACAUCCUGAUUGACAUGGUUCUGAAUCGCAUGGCCAAAGGUGUGAAAGAGAUUGACAUCGCUGCAACCCUGGAGCAUAUCCGGGACCAGCGGCCUGGGAUGGUUCGCACCAAGGACCAGUUUGAGUUUGCCCUGACAGCCGUGGCUGAGGAGGUCAACGCCAUCCUGAAAGCUCUACCCCAGUGAAACCAGUCUGACCCUGCCUGACCACGCCCUCCAUCCAGACUCCCGUCUUACCUCCAUUUCCUCUCUGUGGUGGAUGAUGAUUAUGAUUUGGAAAUCAUUUUGUGCCUCUCUAUCUCCCUGUUGACAUAUACUCUUAAACCAUGGUGAGGUAAGGGAAUAACUUAGCAUUGAAUGACUGAGGGUCAGGAAGGAUUCACAUAGUUAUGUAUCUGAUGUUUUUAGUGUCUUUGGUAAAGAUCUGACGCAGUGAAGGACAUUCAGAGGUAUGAGUUAACCUGUUGAAAUCCAGCCUGAUACUGAAGUUCAGAUUGUUUUUCUCUGAUGUGGUUUAAAUUUGUCAAAAUUGUGCUGGUGUUGAGACACUGUCCACUUUCUGUCUUGAAGAAACAACAUUUUUAAAAUCUAUAAACUCAGAAACCCCCAAAUAUUAGAUUUAUAUGAAGUUAAAGUCACUGAUAGAGAAUGAGAGGUUAUGGAAUGGCUAGUAAUGAUGGUUUCCACUUCCUGCUCGGCCUGUAACUUACUGUCAUCACUUGACCGACCCCUGCAGAAAAUACAAAUGGGCGUUCGUCUCUGUGUGCCAUUCAGAUCAUCUUAAGUCCCUGGAUGAAUAUUUGUUGUGGUAUCCUCAUGCAAGUCAAAAAAACAAAUCAAAAAAAAUUUAAAAAGAAAUGAUAUU